AUGACUGAUUUAUCAUCUUCUGAAGAUGAAAUGGUUCUAUCACAAUUGGCAAAAAAUAGAUCGAAAUCAAAAUUAAACUCAUCAUCAUCAUCUACAUUAUCAACAUCUCCAACUUCAAAUGAUGAUAACCAAGAACAAAUGGAAGAUGUAGACGAAAUACCAUUAGCAUCAAAUAAACUUAGUAAAAGAGCUCGUAAAAAAAGUGUAAUUGAAUCAGAUGAUGAUGUCAAAGAUGAAGAUGAAGAUGAAGAUGAAUUUGUAGAUGAAAAACCUUUAAAAAAGAGAAAAUUAUCAAAUGGUAGCAAAAAAUCAACCAAAUCAACAACCAAACCAACAACUAAAGUUAAAAAAGAAUCAAAAUCAACUACGGUUAAAAAGGAAUCAAAAUCAACUAAACAAAGUAAAACUAAAUCGGAACCUGAAUCCAAAGCGAACGGUCAAACUACUUCCAAGGUUAAGAAAGAAGAUUCUGUAAAAGAAGAAACACCAUUAGAUGAUGAUGAUGCUGGUUAUAAAUGGUGGGAAGAGGGUGAAAAUGAUGGGGUAUUCAGAUGGGAAUCAUUAGAACAUAAUGGGGUUAUAUUUCCUCCACCUUAUGAACCUUUGCCUUCAUAUGUUAAAAUGUAUUAUAAUGGGAAACCAGUCAAUUUACCGCCUGAAGCUGAAGAAGUUGCUGGUUUUUAUGCUGCUUUAUUAGAAACAGAUCAUGGGAAAAAUCCUGUAUUCCAAAAAAAUUUCUUUAAUGAUUUUGUUCAAGUUUUAAAAGAAUGUGGUGGUUGUGGUGUUGAGAUUAAAAGAUUUGACAAAUGUGAUUUUACCAAAAUGUUUGCUUAUUUUGAAAAACUAAAAGAAGAAAAAAAACAAUUAACAAGAGAUGAAAAGAAAAGAAUUAAAGAAGAAAAAGAAAAAAUGGAAGAACCUUUUAAAACAUGUAUAUUAAAUGGUAGAAAAGAAUUAGUUGGAAAUUUUAGAAUUGAACCACCUGGAUUAUUUAGAGGACGUGGUGCUCAUCCAAAAACUGGUAAAUUGAAAAGAAGAGUUUAUCCUGAACAAGUUACUUUAAAUUUAAGUAAAGGUGCUAAAAUUCCUGAAGCACCAGCAGGCCAUAAUUGGGCUGAAAUUAAGCAUGAUAAUGAAGUUACUUGGUUAGCUAUGUGGAAAGAAAAUAUUGCGGAUUCUUUUAAAUAUGUUAGAUUUGCAGCAAAUUCAUCAAUUAAAGGUCAGUCUGAUUUUAAAAAGUUUGAAAAAGCUCGAAAAUUACACAAUCAUGUUGAAGCAAUUAGAAAAGAUUAUAGUAAAUUAUUAACUUCUGAAAAAAUGCAAGAUAGACAAAUGGGUACAGCAAUGCAUUUGAUUGAUAAAUUUGCAUUAAGAGCUGGUGGUGAAAAAGGUGAUGAUGAAGCUGAUACAGUAGGUUGUUGCUCAUUAAGAUAUGAACAUGUUACAUUAAAAAAACCAAACACAGUCAUAUUUGAUUUCUUGGGUAAAGAUUCCAUUAGAUUUUAUUUAGAAUCACACGUUGAGCGUCAAAUUUUCAAAAAUUUAAAGAUAUUUAAAAAACCACCUAAACAACCUGGAGAUGAUUUAUUUGAUCGUAUUAACCCAUCGAUGGUUAAUAAGCAAUUACAAAAUUAUAUGGAAGGAUUAACAGCUAAAGUUUUUCGUACUUAUAAUGCAUCAAAAGUGUUCCAAGAUCAAAUUGAUAAGUUGGAUCCAAAUGAAGGUACCGUAGCGGAAAAAGUUGUUAAAUUUAAUGCUGCAAAUAGAGCUGUUGCAAUUUUAUGUAACCAUCAGCGUACAGUCAGUAAAAAUCACGAUAAUACAGUUCAAAAAAUUAAUGACAAAUUAAAGGAAAGUAUGUGGCAAAAGAUUAGGUUGAAAAAAAUUAUUUUACAAUUGAAUCCAAAAUUAAAACAAACAGAAUCUUCAUACUUCGAAGAGAUUGAAGAUUUGAUUCCAGAAGAAAUUGAAAAUAUUGUUGAAAAUAUAAUUACAAGACAAACAGAACAAGUGAAUAAAAAGAUGAUAAAAGAUAAUGAAAAACUAAAAUUAGAAAAAAAACCAUUACUUACUAAAUCAGAUUUUAAAGAUAAAUUUGAUAAGAUAAAAGAACUUGAAAAAGAGUAUAAAAAAGAAAUUAAUACAGGAAAACCAGAAGUUCCAGCAAAAGCAACAGUUGAAAAAUUGAAGCAACAAGUAGAAACAAUUGAAAAUAGAAUUAUUAAUAUUUCAAUGCAAUUGAAAGAUAAAAAAGAUAAUUCAGAAGUCAGUUUAGGUACUUCUAAAUUGAAUUAUAUAGAUCCAAGAUUAACAGUUGUAUUUUCCAAAAAAUUCGGUGUACCAAUUGAAAAAUUAUUUACCAAAACUUUAAGGGAUAAAUUUAAAUGGGCAAUAGAAUCAGUGGAUGAAAAUUGGCAAUUUUGUACUCCAAUUGACGGCAAGAAAUGA